AUGUUCAUUGGAAUCUGCGGCAGCAUCUGCGCCGGCAAGCGCACCAUCGCCAACUACCUCGCCGACCACCACGGCUUCACCCACCUCUACCUCUCCCCAAAACAAACAACCCAAACCACCCCCCCAUCCUCCAUCUCCUCCUCCACCACCACCCAAACCACCUUCUCCACCCCCGAAGAACUCCUCGAAUUCGUCACCAAACGAUGGCGCGACCGCUUCGUAACAACCGACAUUCCCUCAGAAGAAAUUCUCGAAAUGUACACCCGCCGCCCCUUCUUCCUCCUCCUCUCGGUCGACGCCCCCUUGACCGUCCGCUGGAAACGUUUCCUAGCUCGACAGUCCCAGUCCAACCACGGCCGGUUCUUGAAAGGACCAAACGAGGAGUCGGAACCCGAUCAUGAAGUUACUGAUCUCGAGUCGUUCGUCACACUAAACGACUCCCAUCUCUACGAUCCAGUAAACGGCACCCAGGCGAUGAUAUCAAGAGCGACAGUGAGGUUGUUGAACACCUCUUCUUCUCUCGCCCACUUGUACGCCACGCUGGGGAAGCUGGAUUUGUUGAAUCAAGACCGGCUCCGCCCGUCGUGGGACGCCUACUUCAUGGCGUUGGCUGAGCUGGCGGCGCAGAGGGCAAACUGCAUGAAGCGGCGGGUUGGGUGCGUUAUUGUGAGGGAUAAGAGGGUUAUCAGCACGGGUUACAACGGUACACCCAGGGGCUUGGUCAACUGUGGGGAGGGGGGAUGUGACAGGUGCAAUGCCGGUCAGGGGUCAGGGCACGGGUUGACGACUUGUCUUUGUAUCCAUGCCGAGGAGAAUGCCCUGCUUGAAGCGGGAAGGGAGAGGGUGAGGGAGGGCGCGGUGCUGUACUGCACUACGCACCCGUGCUUGACGUGCAGCAUCAAGAUUGUUCAGGUUGGGAUCGGGGAGGUGGUGUAUAGUCACGGGUAUAGCAUGGAUGGGGAUACGGCGGCGGUGUUCAGGGAGGCGGGGGUGAAGUUGAGGCAGUAUGCCCCGCCUGCGAAUGGGUUGGUACAUCUUGAGAAACUGGAUGUGUACAAGUAG